AUGCAGCUUGCAUGGUUACUAGGGUGGUUUGUUUGGUUGCUAUGUGGGGAAGAUGCCCUUGCUGCAACCUUCAAACUCGCCCUCAUUGGGCCAUGGUCAUGUGACCCCAUGUUCUCACGUGCGAUGCCAACGGCGGCGGCGAACCUGGCGCUGUCCCGGCUCCGGAGCGACAGUGGUCUGAGUCGUGGGUACUGGUAUGACAUAAAGCUGCUGGAUGAGGACUGCUCCGCCUCUAAAGCUCUGACAGAACUGGGGGAGAUGGAGGGCUACGGCCACGCCUACAUCGGACCCUUUAACCCCCUCUGCCAUGCCGCCGCCCUGUACACCCAGCACUGGGAGGCGGGGCUUGCCUCUCCCGGCUGUCUUAAUGCCGAUUGGUCCAACCUGCCACCAAUCACGCCUCCCAGCAAAGUCCUGUUCAAAGUGCUCCGGUUCUUCCGCUGGGCUCACGUUGGCAUCGUUUCAGCUCCAUCUGACCUCUGGCAGGGUACCGGACAGGAAGUGGCGUCGGCCCUGCGUGCCAUGGGGUUACCGGUUGGUCCUGUGGUUACUAUGGAAACGAAAAACAAAGGUGGUCCUGUGAAGGCACUGCAGGAAAUCAAAGAGGCCCCCGAGGUCAAAGUCGUCAUCAUGUGCAUGAGCUCUGUCCUGGUUGGUGGGCGGGACCAGAGAGCCCUCCUCCUGGCUGCUCUGGACAUGGGGAUGGUUUCUGAAGGUUAUAUAUUCAUCCCGUACGACGCCCUGCUGUACGCCAUGCCUCAUCAGGACACAGUAUUCCAUGAACUGACCAAUAGCACACAGCUCCGUCAUGCCUACAGCGCCGUGCUGACCGUCACCAUGGCGUCCGACCGGAGUUUCUAUGAAGUGUUUCGUCAGGCUCAGAUGAGCCGAGAGAUUCGAUCAGCCAUCUCUGCUACUGAAGUGUCUCCUGUGUUUGGAACCAUCUUCAACAUGGUCUACUUUGUUGCAAAGGCGGUGGAAGAGCGUCGUCAGGCAGGGGGCGGGCACUGGGUAACCGGCAGUCAGCUCGUCCAAUCAGAUGGAGGAUUCAACUUCCAGGGCUUCAACCAGGUUUUAUACGGGGGUUCAGAGGGGCGUGGCCUGCAGGCUCAGUAUGUGGUGUUGAACAGCGACGGUGAUCGCCUCGUGCCGACUCACACUCUUGCUCCGGCACACACCGACGGGAUGAUGGGAGGUCUGAGGUCACUGAGCCGCUCCUUCUCGUUCCCUGGAGGAAAACCCCCUGCAGCCAGCUUCUGUUGGUUCAGUCCAGAGGACGCCUGCAGUGAGGGUUUGGAUUUUGUGACCGUCUCGUCAAUCUUUGUAUUGUGUUGUCUUCUCUUUGGGACAUUUUUCUACUGGAUCAGGAAGUACAAGAGGACGGUGAACCUCACCAAACUGAUCCUGACCCUGGACGACAUCGUUUUCAUCGAUACGCAAGUCAGCAAGAAGAAACUGAACGAUGAGUCCAUCAUGAGAAGUCUUCUGGAAAUAAAAACUCCAAUUCGCUCGAUUGCUCGAAGCUACAUCCUGGCCACACCUGAGAGCUCCAACAUCGGGAUCCUGGAGGGCGACUGGGUCUGGCUGAAGAAGAUUCCUGUUGGGAAGGCCGUCGCCGCCAUCAACCCAAACACUCAGAGUCUGUUUGGCCAGCUGCGGGACAUGCGCCACGAGAACCUGAACCUGUACCUGGGCCUGUUCCUGGACUCCGGCAUCUUCGCCCUGGUGGUGGAACACUGUCCAAGAGGCAGUCUGGCAGACCUGCUGGGGGACGGCGACAUGAGGCUGGACUGGAUGUUCAAGUCCUCACUGCUCAUGGACCUGAUCAAGGGGAUGAAGUACCUCCACCUGCGAGGUUUGAGUCACGGCCGUCUCAAGUCCACAAACUGUUUGGUGGAUGGACGUUUUGUCCUGAAGAUCACAGAUUAUGGACUUCCCAUGAUCCUCCACGCUCAGACCAUCAGUCUACCAGAGGACCCCCAGGAGUUGUUGUGGACAGCUCCGGAGCUUCUCAGAAACCCGGUCCGUGGAGGAUCUUUUUCUGGAGACGUCUUCAGUUUCUCCAUCAUCAUCCAGGAAGUGAUCUCCCGCACGCUGCCCUACGCCAUGAUGGACAUGCCCGCCCACGAGAUCGUGGAGCGUCUGAAGCAGCCUCCUCCUCUGUGCCGGCCGGUGGUUUCGGUGGACGAGGCUCCGGCUGAGUGUCUCAGUCUGAUGAACGAGUGCUGGAACGAGGACCCCGACAAGCGGCCCAGUUUUGACGACAUCUUCAAACAGUUCCGGGGCAUUAACAGGGGCAAGAGGGCGAACAUCAUCGACUCCAUGCUGCGGAUGCUGGAGCAGUACAGCUCCAACCUGGAGGACCUGAUCCGGGAGAGGACGGACGAGCUGGAGGUGGAGAGGAACAAGACCGAGAAGCUGGUUGGACAGCUGCUGCCCAAAUCGGUUGCUCAGGCCCUGAAGAAGGGCAAGCCGGUGCGCCCGGAGCACUACUCCGACAGCACCCUGUACUUCAGCGACAUCGUGGGCUUCACCACCAUCUCCGCUCUCAGCGAGCCUAUUGAGGUGGUGGACCUGCUGAACGACCUCUACACCAUGUUCGAUGCCAUCAUUGCGACUCAUGAUGUUUACAAGGUGGAAACUAUUGGAGACGCCUACAUGGUGGCCUCUGGUGUUCCCAACAGAAACGGUAGCCAGCACGCUGCUGAAGUGGCCAACAUGUCCCUGGACAUCCUGCACUCCAUCGCCGCCUUCAAGAUCAAACACAUGCCUGAGGUCAAAGUCAAGAUCCGCAUUGGGCUGCACUCAGGCCCGGUGGUAGCAGGUGUGGUUGGACUGACGAUGCCUCGGUACUGCCUGUUUGGGGACACGGUGACGACGGCGUCGCACAUGGAAGCAACUGGUCUACCUUACCGGAUCCACAUCAGUUUGAACACUGUCAAGGUCCUGACCAGCCUCAAGUUGGGAUAUGUGUUUGAUACCCGAAAGGCUCAGGUGAAAGGCUCAGAAGACACCUAUUGGCUGAUUGGACGAGAUGGUUUUGAUAAACCUCUUCCAGUUCCCCCAGAUCUCACUGGAGGGGCGAGUAACCAUGGCAUCAGUCUGGACGAGAUUCCAGUGGAGAGACGGCAACGGUUCCUGGACCGGCAGAAGAAGAUCAAGAAAUGA